CGCGACGACGAUGCGCGCGACGACGGCGACGACGACGGCGACGCGCGCGCGCCGCGCGGUGCGCGCGGACGCGACGCGACGCGAGCGCGCGACGACGAUUCGAGCGACGACGAUGCGCGCGCGAUCUUGCCGCGCGACGACGUCGAGGACGCGCGGUCGCACCGCGCGCGCGCGGGCGGCGACGACGAACGGGGACGCGCAAAACGUGGCGUUCGACGCGGCGGCGAUCGGACGAUGGGCGGCGCGCGCGCGGGAGGCGCCGUGGGACGCGCGGGGCGCGGGGUGGCGGGAAUUCUUCGCGGCGAAGCCGAUCGGCGCGGUGGUGGAGGUGGAUAACGCGCGGGAGACGAUAUCGGCGAAGGAGGUGGAGAGUCACGGGUUGAAUUGGCCGACGUGUCGCGCGGAGGCGGUGGAGCGAGCGCGGGUGAACACGGUGCGGUUUAGGCAAAAUUACGCGCAGAUUGCGUGCGCGGCGACGCUGUUGGGAUCGGAGUGCGCGGCGUUCGCGAUGGCGUUGGUGUCGUUUUACGCGUACUUGGCGCUGAGGAGCGAUAGGAUUCUCGGUGAGUUAUCGUUGGCGACGAAGGAUGCGCUGAAAUGGAACGACGCGGUCGUGGCGGGGGUGAGUCGGUCAAAGUUGAAGUCGACGACGCUCGGCGUCGCCGUCGUGUUGUUUUUGCUCUCCGACGCCACGGCGAACACGUACGCCAUCAUGCGAUCGGUGGCCUGGACGGCGGCGAUCGCGCUCUUGCACGCAAUUUUGCGACCGAUCGAUCUCAAAGGCACGCUGGCGGACAUCGUGAAAGAUUUUCGCGCGGCGAAGAGCAAGGAGGAUUUACGAGGCGCCGCGCGCUCUGGCUUGAAAUCGAUGAAGGCGUGGAUUUCCGAAAAGGCGAAACCGGUGGAGGCGACGCCGAUCUUUGUCGUGGAGAAGGGCGAGAAGAAGCGGUCGGACGGUGCCGACGCGACGCCCGCGCGCAGGAGCGAGGACGCGAACGGCGCGAUCGACGUCGACGCGCGCGAAGCGGAGGAUACAAAGUAUCUGCCGUGACGCGCGC